AUGAUGCGGAACGUGAGCAGGUGUGUGGUCCUCUUCACCUUGUGGUUCAGCUGUUCCUCUGCCCGUGGACCCACACCACUGAUGGAGCUAAAGAGCAUGAACAUGAUCACCUCUUUCAUUCCGGAGUAUCAACACAGUGUCUGUCUGGGUGUGACCAGACAGAUCACGUCUUUAUGGUUUGAUAGUAGGCACCAUAAUCAGGACUGGUACAUUGGAUCUAAGGACCUGCACACCCGCCUGUGUGUGGUGGAGCAACAGGGCCCUGUGGAGGUAGGUGUGCCACCGCCAACGCAAGGCGCGGAGGACCCAGAGAGUGUGCGGGCCGCACCGGUGCCGCGAACGACAGACGGGAGUGGAGAAGAAUUCGUACGCGAUGAGACUCUGGUGGAUCGCGUCACAGUGGAUGCUGCUCCAAGCUGGAGCACGGUGGCCAGACGCGGAGGACCGCGGCUGCAGGCUGCUCUUGCUAACCGCCGUCAAGCCAGCCUCGUCUUAAUUGAGAAUGAGGAGUCACGUGAUAAUUUGGGCGGGGUCUAA